GUCAUGGUGCAGAAGUACCAGUCACCGGUGCGGGUGUACAAACAGCCCUUUGAGUUAAUUAUGGCCGCUUACGAGAGGAGGUUUCCCACCUGUCCUUUGAUCCCAAUGUUCGUGGACAGCGACACUGUGAGUGAAUUCAAGAGUGAAGACGGAGCCAUCCACGUGAUUGAGCGGCGCUGCAAACUGGACAUAGAUGCGCCCCGGCUCUUGAAGAAGAUUGCAGGAGUCGAUUAUGUUUAUUUUAUCCAGAAAAACUCGCUGAACUCUCGGGAACGUACUUUGCACAUCGAGGCCUACAAUGAGACGUUCUCUAACCGGGUCAUCAUUAAUGAGCACUGCUGCUACACGGUUCACCCUGAAAAUGAAGACUGGACCUGUUUUGAACAGUCUGCAAGCUUAGAUAUUAAAUCUUUCUUUGGUUUUGAAAGUACAGUAGAAAAAAUUGCAAUGAAACAGUAUACCAGCAAUAUUAAAAAAGGAAAGGAGAUCAUCGAAUACUACCUCCGUCAGCUCGAGGAGGAAGGCAUCACCUCUGUGCCUCGCUGGACCCCGCCCUCCCUGGAGCCCUCCUUUGAGACCUUGUCCUCCUGCAAGAAACAGGCAUCGUCCCUGACCGUUGUCACUGCUGACACCACCGUGGCAGAAGGGCUGGGCAGUGAGGCCCUCAGCAAUGCCACUGGGGCUCCUGAGCUGGUGGUGGGAACCCCUGAAGACAAAUUAGACGCAGACUACAUCAAGCGGUAUCUGGGUGACCUGACGCCCCUUCAGGAGAGCUGCCUCAUCCGGCUUCGCCAGUGGCUCCAGGAGACCCACAAGGGCAAGAUCCCAAAAGAUGAGCACAUCCUGCGGUUCCUGCGUGCCCGGGACUUCAAUAUUGACAAAGCCAGAGAGGUCAUGUGUCAGUCUCUGACCUGGCGGAAGCAGCACCAGGUCGACUACAUCCUGGACACCUGGAACCCCCCGCAGGUGCUUCAGGACUACUACGCCGGGGGCUGGCACCACCACGAUAAAGAUGGGCGGCCCCUCUACGUGCUCCGGCUGGGACAGAUGGACACCAAGGGCUUGGUGCGCGCCCUGGGCGAGGAGGCGCUGCUGAGAUACGUUCUGUCCAUCAACGAGGAAGGGCUGCGACGGUGUGAGGAAAACACAAAGGUCUUCGGCCGGCCUAUCAGCUCGUGGACCUGCCUGGUGGACCUGGAAGGAUUAAACAUGCGCCACCUGUGGAGGCCCGGUGUCAAAGCGCUUUUGCGCAUCAUUGAGGUGGUGGAGGCCAACUACCCCGAGACGCUGGGCCGCCUGCUCAUCCUGCGGGCCCCCCGUGUCUUCCCCGUCCUCUGGACCCUGGUCAGCCCGUUCAUCGAUGACAACACCAGAAGGAAGUUCCUAAUUUACGCAGGCAAUGACUACCAGGGUCCCGGCGGCCUGCUGGACUACAUUGACAAGGAGAUCAUUCCAGACUUCCUGAGCGGAGAGUGCAUGUGUGAAGUGCCGGAGGGUGGUCUGGUCCCCAAGUCUCUGUACCGGACGGCGGAGGAGCUGGAGAACGAGGACUUGAAGCUUUGGACCGAAACCAUCUACCAGUCUGCCAGUGUCUUCAAAGGAGCCCCACACGAGAUCCUCAUCCAGAUAGUGGAGGCGGCCUCUGUCAUCACCUGGGACUUCGAUGUGUGCAAAGGGGACAUUGUCUUCAACAUCUACCACUCCAAGAGGUCACCGCAGCCCCCCAAGAAGGAAUCACUGGGAGCGCACAGCAUCACUUCUCCUGGGGGCAACAACGUGCAGCUCAUAGAUAAGGCCUGGCAGCUGGGCCGUGACUACAGCAUGGUGGAGUCGCCGCUCAUCUGUAAGGAGGGGGAGAGCGUGCAGGGCUCUCACGUGACGCGGUGGCCAGGUUUCUACAUCCUGCAGUGGCGUUUCCACAGCAUGCCUGCGUGUGCCGCCACCAACCUGCCCCGGGUGGACGACGUGCUGGCCUCCCUGCAGGUGUCCUCACACAAAUGCAAGGUCAUGUACUACACAGAGGUCAUUGGCUCCGAGGACUUCAGGGGCUCCAUGACCAGCCUGGAGUCCAGCCACAGUGGGUUCUCCCAGCUGAGUGCCGCCACCACCAGCUCCAGCCAGUCGCAGUCCAGCUCCAUGAUCUCCAGGUAG